UCAAUGACUGAAGGCAUGACGGAGAGACACCAGUGAAGGUUUUUGGAGUGAGGCGGUGUCAUACCACUGACUAGACCAAGGGUAAAGCCCUUUGCUGUAAUCUAUUCCCACCCGUUUGGCCUCCUCUGGAAUUACCGUCAUUUGGUGCGGGCAAGCUGUGGGAGUUGUCAGAAGCCCUUCCUCUCAAAGAUGGCACAGGUUCAAAAGAAGACCAGCAUGGUGUCCUUGACCAUCUCCUCCUCCUCCUCCUGCACUAAAGAAUCCUCCUCCACAGUCACCCAGCCUGUUUGUAGCACUCCGGAGAGGACCCUGAGCCCCUCAUGCAGCUACCAGAUAGGAGUGGCACCAACAUUUGUAAAGAGUCUCCAUGAUGUGAGUGCUGUGGCAGGCCAGCUGGUGGUGCUGGAGUGUCGCCUCCGGGGCACUCCCCCGUUACAAGUCCUUUGGUAUCGAGAAGACGAGCAAAUUAUGGACUCUGCCAACUUUCGCAUCCUAAGAAAGAAAGCUACUUCAACAUCUGUUCCAGAGGAAUUGUGUACCUUGGUCAUCACUGAAUCCUUACCAGAAGAUUCUGGAAUAUUCAAGUGUAUGGCAGGAAAUCAGUAUGGAACAGUCUCCUGCAGCUGCUUCCUGGAAGUUAAAGACUCAGAGAGGGGUUUCACAGAUGAGGAGGAAGGGUUUUCUCCAUCAGCAGAGGCAGAGCUCGACUUUCCCUUUCACCCUCAGGAGACAUCUGGCUUCCCAGCUCCAAAAAUCGAGAGCAGUCUAAAUGAGAUAGGAUUAACAAGCCCCUUGGAGUCAGGAGAUGAAGGCUUAGACAUAUCGUGCAGAGCUACAACAGAGCAAAAUACAUGUGCAAUGGAAGAAAUGUCACAAAAAACCACCUGGACUUCCAAUUCGUCCUCAGUUGAGAUAAAAAACACUAUGGCCAAGCCGUUUGCUCCACCCUGCAACCCCACUAUUGCGAAUACACCCAGUGGCAAGGGUGUUGCUGGUCUACCUACUCUCUUAACCUCAAUCUCUCCCAGCGCAUUCAACUACGAAAGGCCGCGUCACUUUCUUCAGUCAAGUCUGAAGUCCUCCGACAAUGCACAGUCCGUUAAAAAGAUUACAUCAACCACCUGCAACUCUUCAUGGACACCUUCAACACCUUCAAACUCCUCCAACCCAUCCACUUCCUUACCAGUGACGCCAACUAAGCUUUCGAUUGAUACUACUAUGAUCUCCAGACAAUCUGGCGCCCAGCAGAGGGACAACACUGCCGUGAAAGACUUUCUCUGCUCGGCUUUGCCUUGUCAGAGCAGCUCGCAGAACAUUUCUUUGGCACCAACGCAGAGUUCACUGCCCCUCAGGCGGUCUCCAGUGUCUCCAGAUAUUCUCCCCAAACCGAAAGCACCCACCACUCCACAAGCCUACACCUCACCCACCUCUCCGCAAGCCUACCCCUCACCCACCUCUCCGCAAGCCUACCCCUCACCCACCUCUCCACAAGCCUACCCUACACCCACCUCUGCGCAAGCCUACACCUCACCCACCUCUCCGCAAGCCUACCCCUCACCCACCUCUCCACAAGCCUACCCCUCACCCACCUCUCCACAAGCUUACACCUCACCCACCUCUCCACAAGCCUACCCCUCACCCACCUCCCCACAAGCUUACACCUCACCUGUCUCAUCUGUUGGAGUUUGUCCAUCUCCUGGACAUUCAACAACAUCCUUUCCUAAGCCUGCGCCACCUCAGCAGAAGUCCUUCAUGUCUCUUCCCGUGGGAUACAACCAGGGGACCCCUAAUGUCUUGCCCAAACCAAUCUUAAAGAAGAACCCUUCCCGGCCUGUCUCCCGCUCUACCGAUGAAGAAAUCCAGGGGUCAAAGGAUGCCCUUAUACAAGACCUGGAAAGACAGUUGCGCAGCAAAGAGGCACGCAGAAGAAAUAGUCAGAAGUUUUCAUAUGAGGAGCGCAUGGCUCGGAGGUUGCUGGGGCCUGAUAGUGCAGCCUGUGUGUUCGACAACCAAUCUGAUUCACAGCAAGAGCAGGCUUUCUCAGAGGGGAGGCACAUUGGUGGAAUAUGGGGCAGACAACACCCUGGCACUGAUGGGAACGAGGGUGCCUCUACGAUGGAAAAGUGUUAUGCCCCCAAAUUUCUGCAAAUUCCACAAGAUCUCACAGUUGAAGAGGGGAGAUUCUGUAGGAUUGAUUUUAAGGUGGUUGGUCUGCCGGCGCCUGAUGUGUCGUGGUAUCUGGACGGGAAGGCCAUUCGUCAGGACGACUACCACAAGAUGCUGGUGAGCGAGAAGGGCAUCCACUCCUUCAUCAUCGAGAUUGUAACCGUCCACCACGCCGGCAUCUACGAAUGCGUCGCGAAAAACAGGGCUGGCGAAGGUCGGUUCUCCAUGCGGAUUGAUGUGAAUGCACAGGAGAUGAUUCGUCCUCCCACAUUUGUAAUGCGAAUGCAGAAUGUGCGUGUGAUUGAGGGCGACAUGGUGAGGCUGGAGUGUCAAGUGCUGGCGUCCCCCCCGCCCCAACUCUUCUGGAAGAAGGACAAAGAAAUGCUGCGCAUUGACCCGACCAGAAUGAGUCUCACCCAAGACAGUUCUGGUCAACUGUGCCUCCUAAUUGACCAGGUGAAGAAGACGGAUGCCGGCUGGUACACGGUGUCGGCCAUUAAUGAAGCCGGCAUGUCCACUUGCAACGCGAGGCUGGACGUAGGAACUUUCAUGAACAGUGCCCCAUCCCAUCCUAAACCACUGAAAAUCCACUCCACUCUCAGCCAGCUAGCAGCAAUGGGUUUUGAAAGUCCCAUGCACCAUACAGCCCCACUUUAUGAGAGUGAAGAAUUGUGAACGACUGAGUUGCUGUGGUAGAUUUUUCUGACUGUUGUUGUUGUCAUUGUUGUUGUCAUCGUCAAAAUAACUUCUCACUUCAACAUUAAUUAUUUUUUCAGUAUAUACAUACAGUAAUUUGUUAUUUUGUACCACUUAACAGCUUGAUUGGAUAUAUCAUGAAUGUGAGUCAUUUAUGCACACUUCUGAUGUCAUUUCAGAAUCAUUAUUUUACCCAAUUACGUUUGAUUGUGACAUGUAAUCUGUUCGUAUGUAAUGAGUUGAAUACCCCCCACCCCCCGUCCCUCCCCUGUUCACUGUCUGGCAAUAGUAAGCUCAUCCUGGAAGAUGCAGCCCAGGCGUAACUUGAGGCAUUACAGAUGGCAUAGCCGGGGAGUAUGCUUGCUGCAGGAUACUUGCAACGCGUUGCCAUGCGAAUUGUAUAUGAAUUUUGCACAUGCGAGAACACCUCACACAAGGUACGCAGGCACGUGCAUACCAUGCAAUAUUGACAACACCACAAGGAACGGUCUUCUGAAUUUGUUGACUUGAGAUAUUGACUUUGUGGUAUAGUCAAACAAUAGUGGAAAACAUUAAUGACAGCCCCGUUGGUUAUCUGCCACCUCCAGUGUCGUGAAAAGUGCUCGG